GGCCGAGUGGCACCGGUGGCGAAUGCGCCGCUGCUGGCGGCGGCGCGCCGCUCUGCUUUAGCCCAGCUGCCUCAGGGGACGCGCACUGCAGCUCACGUGGUGGCCUCCCAGCCCAAGGGACAGCCCAGGGUGGCCCACGUCCCAGCCCUGGUCCUGUCCAAGCGUCCCACCAUCCCGGCCGAGUAUGGCAGCCGAGUUCCGACGGCUGUGCGCCAGCGCUACCUCAACCUUUUCCUGGACGAGUGUGCCAAGUGCUGCAGCACCGAAGACGAAGCCAUCCAAAAGGCGUUGUCCGAGGAGAAGCAGACCUACGAGCGGAGCUCAGGCAAGACCGUCUACCUGAAUGUGGCCGUGAACACGCUCAAGCGACUGCGCCGAGAGUCGGCCCAAGACGGGGGCGCGUCCUCUGCUGGCUCUAGCUCCUCUGGUGCUGGCACCUCUGCUCCCGCGGCAGCGCCCGUCCAGCCCACCAACCGGGUGGUCUCGCACGAGAUGGUGCUGCAGGGUGCCCGAGCGGCACGCACAAGCUUCAGCAUUGAGAAGAACCGCUAUCGCAAGCCACCUCCGGAACUGACGGAGAAACGUUUGUAUGAGCUGUUGGAGGUGUACCGGAUGACCCCAGAGCAGCUUGCGGAGUACAACUACCCGCGACCGCAUCCAGCGGAGCCAGGGCGUGCAGUGUUCGCCGGAACUGAUGGCCGUCAGUACUCAAAAUCAAAUGGUUCGGUGCUCCGAUGCAGCCGGUGCGGUGCCACUUUCUCGCUGACGGAAGACGGCGACUAUGUGCGCCCCGAAGAGUGUGUCCACCACUGGGGUCGCCUCUGGAAGAAGCGGAUUGCGGGAGCCCUGGAGAGUCGCUACAGCUGUUGUGAGGGUGACGGGGAGUCGGACGGUUGCUGUGUUGCCAAGGGUCACGUGCACGAGGGCCCUGAGCCGAGUCAGCUGACUGGUUUUGUGUCGACGCUCGCCAAGAGUCCACCACCUGGCGGAGGUUGCCCUGGAGUGUAUGCGCUUGAUUGUGAAAUGUGCUACACGUCCGAAGGAGUGGAGCUCACACGAGUCACGGUGGUCGGCUGGGACCUGAGGCCCGUCUACGAGAAGCUCGUGAAGCCGCGGGGACAGAUACUGGACUACAACACGCGGUUCAGUGGCCUGACAGAAGAGGACAUGGUGGGCGUGAAGACGAACCUAAGGGAUGUCCAGGCUGCCCUGCUGGCCCGUUUUUCGGCCGACACAAUCCUCUUGGGCCACAGUCUCGACUCGGACUUGCGCGCCCUGCGGCUGAUUCACGAGACUGUCGUCGACACGGCCGCCGUGUUCCCCCACCGACGGGGACUCCCUUACAAACGAGCCCUGCGUACCCUCAUGGCCGAACACCUCAGCAAGAUCAUCCAGAAUGGAGUGGAUGGUCACGACAGCCAAGAAGAUGCAGCCGCCUGCAUGGAGCUGAUGCUGUGGAAAGUGCGUGACGACCUCAAGAAAGGUGCACGAUGAUCGCUUGGAUGUCUCCAGCAAUACCAAACAUGGCUGCUAGAAAGAGCAACACUCGAUCCACUUCGCUGGAGCAGGGAGUGUGACCGGCCUUGUCCGCUGGCGUUGCGAAAAGACUGCACUGUUGGCUCAGGCGGUUCAUGACAAGCUGCUUGCUAAGAACAAUUAUAGAAGUGUCAGAGUAUUCAAAGCCUGCGGUGGUUUCAGAUUACCCCGGGUUCGUCCCCACCUGAGAACCUGCCUUGCGAGAGCAAUGCUAGCAGUUCUCACAGACGAAGUUGAGGCACACCCUGAAAAAACCACGUGUAUUUGAUUGCGUUGAAAUAAUGCUUCAUCCACCUAAACUUUGAAAUGGCUGCUCUCGCUCUAAAAGCAGUGUACUGAUUCAGAAGCGAGUGGGUUUGAACAAAUUCUAAAGCUUUUACAGAUAUGGGGGCAUGGAAAAAAUAAAUGUCUGACAGAAAAAUUUUAUCCUUAAAUUAGGGGAAAAGAAGCAUGAGU